GUGGGAAUGUUACCAUUGGACCUAGGAUUCGUAAAUCUAGGUUGGAUUCCUUCUUUGUGCCUCGCACUACUCCUGGGUCCCAACCGUCGCUUGAGGGCAUGGGUUGGAACAAGGAGGUCCAUGAUGCUGCUAAAAUGGCAAUUGGCAGGUUUUGGAGCUACAGCUGUAUUCCAUUCUUUGUAGCCAGGUCUCCUUAUUGGCAACAAAUGGUUGAUGCCAUUACCAUAUGCGGGGCGGGGUUCAAAGCCCCUAGUGAGAGUGAUUUGAGGGGACCCAUUUUGUCUCAAAUGGUGGAUGAUGUGAAAAAGGAUUUAGAUGAACAACGCCACAUAUGGAGCACUAAAGGUUGCACCAUCAUGACUGAUGGUUGGACGGAUAGGAGAAAUAGAACUCUCCUUAAUUUUCUUGUUUCUUCCGCAGGGGGCACCGUUUUCAUCAAGUCCAUUGAUGCCUCCGCCCAUUGCAAGAAUGCCACCUACCUAUGUGAGCAGAUAGAGGAGGUGAUUGAAGAUGUGGGUGAAGAGAACGUGGUACAGGUGGUGACCGACAAUGCAGCAAAUUAUGUUGCUGCGGGUAGACUAUUGAUGGAGAGGCACCCAUCUAUAGUUUAGACUCCAUGUGCUGCUCAUUGCAUUGACCUCAUGUUGGAGGAUAUUGGAAAAAUCCCAUGGGUCAAGAGAUGUGUAGAAAGGGCAAGAAAUGUCUGCAAAUUUGUAUAUAAUCAUUCAUGGGUGUUGGCUCUUAUGAGACAAUACACAGAGCAGAAGGAGUUGCAUCGUCCAGGAAUCACAAGAUUUGCCACAAACUUCCUCACAUUGCAGUCCAUGCUUAGGUCUAAGCCUGCCUUGAGACGUAUGAUUGUUGGUGAGGAGUGGUCUUCCUCAUCCUAUGCUACCACCCCUGCAGGGAUAGAGAUGGCAGACUGCAUUUUUGAUGAGCAAGGCUUUUGGGUCUCUUGUGAUGAGAUAGUGAAGUUUGUUAAGCCCUUGGUGGUUUUGUUGCGAGUUGCGGAUGGAGAUAAGCCCGCAAUGGGCUAUAUAUAUGAGGGCAUGGAUAGGGCGAAGGAGGCCAUCAAAUUCGUCUAUGGAGCAGAUGAGAGCAAGUAUGGUCCCAUUUGGGAGAUCAUUGAUAGGAGAUGGCAUCAUCAGCUACAUAGGCCCAUCCAUGCGGCAGCCUAUUAUCUGAAUCCGACAUUCCGUUUUAUCCCUUCUUUCAAGGCUGAUGCGGAGGUCCUUAAUUGGCUAUAUGCAAUCAUGGAGAAGAUGGGACCUGCCGGUACUUCUCAGAUAGACCUUU